ACAGUGUGCAAAACGCUCUCAGCAACAUUCACCAAGCUCACAGCAGCUAAACGCUCGCUCACAAUCGCUCCGCCCACUCAACCGGCACACACGCGCGCACACAGAGAGAGAGAGAGAGACACAGAGAGAGAGAGUUUGAGCUCUUCAUUGAGAGACCAGCAGCUGCACACAGAUGAACAGAACGAUGGAGACCUGUGAUGAUAAACUCCUCAUAUUUCAGCUGCUGCUCCUCGUGUCAGUCAUGGCAUGUGAGACGAGUGAGAUCUUGACUUUCACUGCACAUGAAGGAGGGAGAGUUGAGAUACAGUGUCCGUAUGAGGCUAAAUAUGAAGAAUAUAAGAAGUAUCUCUGCAGAGGAAAAUGUCCAAUAGUGUUUAUUAAAGACAAGCCUGUUGAAUCUGAAUCAGCAGCAAAAGACAAGAGAUUCUCUCUGAGUGACAAUAAAACAGCCCACAUCUUCACCAUCACCAUCACUGAUCUGAGAACAGAGGAUCGAGGUCAAUACUGGUGUGGAGUAAAGACUGGAUUUGGAUAUUUUGAUUAUAAGAGAGAGAUUUACCUGGAAAUUAAACAUGAGAGGAUGUCACCCAAACCAUCAGCAACAACAGCUUCAUUUCAGACCAACAAACCAGCGACAGCAGAUACUGAGUCUGACCGAACCGUCACAUCUUCAUCUUCAUCAUCAUCAGUGUUAAUGCUUUUCUCAGAUUUCACAUCAAUCGUUAAUAUGUCAGUUAUGGGGAUAUUGAUGGUGUUUGGAUUCCUAUUGUUAAUUUACAACAGAUUCAGACGAAAGAAAGAAGCAGAGCGGCUGAAAGGAGACGUUCUUGUCUUGGCUGAAAAUCUGUCCACUAAAGAAGCCACUCAUGUUGUCUGUCAUUAUGAAGAGAUCGUUUGCACAGAUAAUCAUUCUGGCUAUAUUUUGGGUCUUCCUGUUUUUGAUGAACGUGACUCUCAUAAUACUCUGACCUAUUCCACCGUCAUAUAUCAAAGUGUGGGCUCUGUAACUCUCAGUCCAUGAAAGACUGUGAAGCUUCAUGGACACCGGGUUGAUUAACAGUUGAACUGUUUGGUUAUAUAUCUGAAUAUGAUGGACUUUUAUUUAUUCCAUAUUGAUGAGUCUUGGAGUCUUGCAGAACAAUGAACCAAACCAAGUACAUUGAGAAGAAAUCAGUAAGUGAAGAGAGCAAAUGCCUUCUGUCAGGUUAUCACUUCUGUAAAUAACUGAAUUGUUUGUGAAUGUAACCAUCAUGAUUAGACAAAUGAACUUUUUUUGAGAUUUUGAAUCUAUUGAACUAAUUGCUAUGCAAAAUUAUUCGAUGUUUUGAAGUGAGGCCUGCUGAUCAAAAUGCCAUAAAAACUGCCAUAAAACACCUUUAAAACCUAAUGUUUUAUUGGAAGUGAAAUCUAUUAAAUGCAAUUAGCAAAUCAUGUAACACUGUUAAAUGUGAGAUUUAUAAUAUGUGUACUUUUACUGGUUUGCUGGGGCUUGCUAAACAGAUGGUCAGAGACUAUUAAUGGCUAAUCUUACUUUUUGUUAUAAAAAUGUGCCAUUAAUAUGUAUAUGUAUAAAAUGUGUAUAAGAUCAGAUAAAAACCAUAAACACUGGAUCAUGGAUUCACAGACAUCAUCGACUCUUAGCGCAAAACAUUUAAAACUGGAAAACAUUUCAACAUAAUUAUAACGUAACUAAGACUUAUUCACUGAAAUCAAGUUCCACACUUUCAUACAUGCUCCAGUUCACUAGUUUCUUAAAUACAGGAAUGAUAACGUAUUAUGCUGCUGUGUGAAGUAUGCCAUUGUAUUUGGAAAGAUAUAGUCCAAUCAUCGCCUCAUCUAUUGGAGCUUGGAGCCUGAUGACUGCUAUUAGAGGCAAUACUGAGUUAAUGUUCAUCCAAGUUUAUUUCCUACAGAGUUUGCUCUUUUAAUCAAUUUUUUUUUUUUUCCAUAAAUGAAAUUGAUGGUUUUAAAAUAGACUCAUCCCUGUACCCUACACUACAAGCAUGUUUGUAGACCUAACUAAGUGAAGGUACAUGCAUCUGUACACUGUGGAAUAACAUUGUCUUGCUUUUUCCAGUUAAUUCCGCAUGAAAAGUUGAUAUGCAGAUUUAAUUAAACCAUAAUCAUAAAGGUAACUUUUAAUUCAAAAGUCAUUUUUGUAUGAUCAAUUAAAUGAAUAAAUAAAUGACUAAAAUAUGCCGACGUAAUAAUUGGACCAUCCUGACACCAAGUGGUCACUUGAGCAGGUUACACACUUUACAACGGAUCUGAAUGAUGCUUGAUGUCUCUUGGCUGUGGUCAGUGUCAGCAACUUUAUUAAAUAUAUAUUCAUUCAUGUUCAUGUGUGCUUAAAAGUCUUCGAUCUCUUCUAAACACUAGGCUGAAUUUAUUUGUAUCUGCUAGAUUAAUAUAUGUAAAUGUAUGAUUUGAUUUAUUAAGAUAACA